UUCCUAUACUUGUGUUAUAGGGUUGGAACAAGUUCAUGGAGCUGUCUUCCCCCAUCACAACAGGUGGUAUUCCAAAUCUUGAUAUUAAUGUCAUUUUGUGUGAUUGGCAGUUCAAUAAAAUCCUCCAUUCUAUGCCCACCCACACACAAGAACUCAAAAAGACUUGUCAUGGAUUCUGAACGAUAUAUGUGCACAACAUAGGCCAAGCGGAAUCCAAUUCCCACCUUGGUGGUUUCUUGUGCUCUCGGGCAAGAGAAGUCGAUGCAGAUGCUGUUCCCGUGGAUGAAGCAAUCUAUUCCUUGACUCGCCUUCCCAAUCUUACCUCGAAAUCUAUUCCUUGACUCGCCUUCCCAAUCUCUUCGGCGGCAAGAAUAGAAUCCACAAAAGUUCUUGAUAAGGACACACAUCACACCAUGUCCGGCAGCCAGCCAUGCCGCGAAUCAAGUUCGAUUCUGCUUCCGACGAGCAGCCAAAGCCCGCCACCGGACGCCACUUCCACCGCCGGAGGCCCCUCCAUGAUCGCCUGGGUGGAGGAAAAGUUGCUGACGUCUUGCUGUGGAGGAACAAGCACUUAUCGGCAGGAAUCGUCGCCGGCGCCACCUUCGUAUGGUUCCUCUUCGAGGUGCUGGAGUACCAUUUCCUCCCGCUGAUGUGCCACAUCUCCAUCGUGGCCAUGCUUGUGCUCUUCAUCUGGUCUAAUCUUGAAGCUCUUGUGCAUCGAGAUGCUCGGAGGAUGCCCGAACUCGUUCUAUCAGAGGAAGCCAUCAGAGGACUCGCUUUCUUCUUGCACGCCAAACUGAGUCGACUCGCUUCCAUCCUCCUUGGCAUUGCAGAUGGCAAAGAUCUCAAGCUAUUUCUCUCGGCGAUUGCUUCACUUUGGGUUGUAUCUGUAAUUGGAAGCUACUGCAGCUCUUUGACACUGGCUUAUCUUGGUCUUCUGUGCGUUCUUGCGCUGCCGGCUUUGUAUGAGCGGUACGAGGAUGAAGUCGAUCAUCUAGCAAUGAGAGGGAGUGAAGAUCUGAAGAGAUUCUACCACAAGUUAGACUCCAGGAUUCUUGGCAAGAUCCCAAGAGGCCCUGUCAAGGCAAAGAAGUCCAAAUGAUCUUGCCAUUUGCUUCAGGAUAUGAAGUCAUGAACUCAUUGAAGAUUCCAUGUACUGAUGGAAUUCCUUAGCCAUGUUCAAAAGGAAUAAAUGAUUAAUACUGGCCAAUAUUAGUAGUUUCAUGUAUCGGUCAUGCCGGUGUAUUGACACUCGGUAACACCGGUAUAUGCUAAGCUUUGAAAAAAAAAAGAAAAAGAAAUUGCUUUGCACAGAGCCGAUACUGUUUUGUAGCCAGUGGUAUCGAAUCAACUCUAUAUCGGACUCAUGGAUGGUACCCCUCCGGUAUAGGUACCGCGGUCCGUAUCAAUCCCAAAAAAAUUGGGACAUUAAGAUGUUUGCAUUUGUAGUUUGAUGUCUAUACAAUGAGGGAAAAGAUCUUUUUGACUAGAAAAGAAACACAUUUUGGUGAAACCAUAGAAACUGAGAGAAUUUC